AUGGAUGUCACAGCAGAUGCUUGGAAGCUGUGCGAGAGUAUAAAUCAUGCGCAGGGAAGACUGAAGCCAACAGAGCCACACGGGGUGCCCGCAGAGAGAGCUAAUAACAUUGUUCUGCGACAUCGUAAUCAGGAAGGGACCCCUGAGAAUCAGCAUAGGACAGAAGGACAGCCGGAAAUCUACCGUGCAGAGGAGAGACCUCUCAUAGCUAAUUACGAGGAGGUGGGUAGGAAAGCAGAGAUAAUUGUCCUCUGUCCAGACAUCCAGGAGAAAAGAAGAAAGCAGUGCUUGGAGUGUGGGAAGAGUUUCACGCGCAACUCCACCCUUAUCCGGCAUGAAAGAAUCCACACGGGGGAAAGAUUGUAUAGAUGUUUCCAGUGUGGCAAAAGUUUCUAUGAUAAGACGGCCCUAAAAAGACAUCAGAGAAUCCAUAACACAGAUCGAGGAUGUCCCCGUGGCUCUCACUCCCAGCCAAGUGAGAGCUUAGCUUUUCCUUCUCCAAAGGAAACCACACAGAACACAUGCAGCGAGUGUGGGGGAAAUUUUGGCAGCGCAUCGGACCUAAAUCUACAUAAAAGAAUUCACCAGGAGCGGAAUCCCAGUAGCUGGAGAGAGUGCGGAGAGAAAUCUGAAAAGAAUCAAAAUCUGGAGCUGAGAAAACAUCAAAUGCCCCUUGCUGAAGAGAGACCCUACAAGUGCUCCGAAUGUGAGAAACGCUUCAUAUGGCUUUCGUCGUAUCGGAGGCAUAAAAAGAUCCACACGGGGAGCAAAUCCAUCCCGGUUUCGUGUGAAAGGAAAAGCUUCAAGCAGACGUCGCAUCUUGUGAAACUUCAGCCUCUCCCAGUUGGAGAGAAACAUUAUAAAUGCUCUGAGUGUGAGGAGAGUUUCCUGGAGCUUGUAUCCUUGGAAAGACAUAGAAGUGUCCACCAGAGAGGGAAACUAGAAGCCCCUUUGCAAAAGAUGCCUGUUUCAGGGGGGAAAUCCUGUUCGGAGUGUGGGAGGCGUUUUGAUCGGAUGUCACACCUAAUCAGACACCAGCGCGUCCAUACUGGAGAGAAACCCUUCCAGUGCCCAAGAUGUGGGGAGAGUUUCAUGUGGGAGACAGCUUUUGAAAGACAUCUCAAGGCCCACGAGAGAGGGAAUUCAGGGCGUCCACUGCCAACAAUAUCUGUUACGCCGGGGAAGUCCUGUCAGUGUUUGGAGUGUGGGAAGAGAUUCAGACAAGAGUCAGACCUCAUUCAGCAUCAGUGUAUCCACACUGGUGAGAAGCCCUACAGAUGUACCGAAUGCGGGGAGACCUUUAUGUGGUCUUCGUCUCUCAAUCUACAUCGGGAGAAGGUCCACCGGGGAAAGCGAUUGGUCCCCCUCCUCCAAAAAUUACCCUUGGUGCACGGGAGAUCCUACAAAUGUUUUGAGUGUGGAAAAAGGUUUGACCGUCCCUUGGGCCUAAUAAAUCACCGACACACCCAUACUGGAGAAAAGCCUUAUCAGUGCACCAGCUGUGAGAAAAGCUUCAUGUGGCGUCGAUCUCUUCAGAGACACCAAAAGAUCCAUGACAGCAGGAAACCAGGGGCCCCUUUGCCAAAAAUACCAAUUACACGGGAGAAACCCUAUGCGUGUUCCGAUUGUGGGAAAUGCUUUGAGCACGCGUAUAUCCUGAUUCGGCACCGGCGCGUCCACACCGGAGAGAAACCGUACAAAUGUGCAAAAUGUGGCGAGAGCUUCAGGUGGGCCUCGUCUUUUAACCUGCACCAAAAAAAGAUCCACAGGGCGAAGAAACUGGCCCAUCUUCUUCCAGGACAGCCAAGCAGGCAGAAAAAACCUUAUGGAUGUUCUGAGUGCGGGAAACAAUACCGGAUACCCUCACACCUCUCAAGCCAUCAGAGCACUCACACUGGGGAGAGGCAGCACAAGUGCACCGUUUGCGGGAAAAGUUUCUUCUGGCAGUCCUCUCUUGGGGUCCAUCUCAAGAAUUUCCAUAAGAAGAAGAAACAGGUCCCCACUUUGCAACCCGUGUCUCGGGGACAAGGGAAUUCUGAGCAGCAGCAGCAGCAGCAGCAGCAGCAGCAGCAGCAGCAGGCCCCUGUUGAAGGGAAACCUUUCAAAUGCUCCAAAUGCAAAGAGAGUUUUGUGGGGUAUUCAGCUCUUCUGCGACACAGAAAGAUCCACGAGAGAGAAAAGCUUGGACUCUUUUUCCAAACCAUCUCUGUUACUCCGGAGAAAUCGUAUCCCUGCAACGAGUGCGGGAAAAACUUCAAUUGGCCAUCCCGCCUCAUAAGACAUCAGCGCAUCCAUACCCGGGAGAGACCCUGUAAGUGCCCAGAUUGUGGAGAGAGUUUUACGUGGGAUUCGGCUCUUAAAGUGCACCAGGAGAAGAUCCAUAAAAGAGAGAAGCUGGCCUCUUUUCUGCCCAAAGACGAUGCCGCCAAAGAGAAAACUCACCAGUGCUCGGACUGUGGGAAAACCUUCACCUCUGCGUCGUCGCUCCUAAGGCAUCAGAGUAUCCACGCGGGAGAAAAACUCCGUAAAUCCACCCACCACGAAGGGAAGUUCCUGUGGAGCUCAGCACUCCAAAGAGACCAGAAGGCCUGUAAGGGAGAGGAACCGAGUUCCCUGCUUCAGAAACUACCCAGCCGGCAGAGAGGCUCCUACUGCUGUUCCGAGUGUGGGAAAAGCUUCCAGAAGCCGAAGCUGCUGCAGAGACACAAAUGCAUCCAUGCCAAGGCGAAGCGUUACACCUGCACGGAAUGCGGGAAAUGUUUCGGUCAGGCGGCAACCUUGAGGAGACACUGGCUCGCUCACAAAGGAGAAAAGUCAUUCCAUUGCUCGCACUGCGACAAGAGCUUCGUUUACAAAGACAGUCUCACGAGGCAUGAGAAGUCUCACGCCGGGCUGGCACACUUCACCAUGCAGGUGCUGAACAAGGAAUUCUUUGCGAGACCCGAAUCGCCCCACUUCGUACCACCCAAGACUGACUUGUGUGGCAGUCCGCUAGACCUCCAGGGGGAGAAACCCAUUCCAGCUUUGAAUGCUCCGGAAAAGGGGAUGAUAUGACCUCCAAGCAGACGAACGACACAGAAGCCGGCAUCAAGGAACACUGCUGCCAUUUUAGCAGCAAACCAGAGAAAGGACAACCGAUGUUCCUGCUAUUUUCAGUGGAAGAAAACCUUCCAGAAUCAUCUCUUUGCAGUGAUGUCAUGGAAGCAGUGUGAAGAAGAUAAGGCAACCAAAAUCCAGAAUAUUGUGAUUUUUGCCUGCCUGUCCAGGGCCAAGUUGUGUUGUUCUCCCCAGCCCCAUAACUGCAUUUUUAAAAAUUCCAGAGCUUGGAUGCCCCCCCAAGAAGUGGUGAGAAAAGGCGCAUUUGGCUUCGUUAUUGAACACAGAGUCAUAUUAGUUGGCUCUCGUAUCUUGGUAGGUGCAGAUGGUUGGGUUGAGUUGAGUUGGGUGGGGGGAGAGAGAACAGGCUCAGGUUUUUAGGAUUUUUAAGUAUAUUGACAAAAAUGUUUUUAAAAAACAAGGAAAUACAUUUGUGCCACAUCCUGUUUCAUAGAAAACGCUGCAGUGUUGAUUCUUGCUGUGAGAGCCCUUGGAGGUGCGAGUCAUAUAAUGGUUGGGGAUUCUUUUGCAUAAUUCAGUAAUUUUUAUUGUCACAAUCACAAUCUGUUACUUGUUUGGUUUUAUGGAGGGGGGAAACUGCUAAUAAAGGUAAUGUGCAGAAGUAAUAAAUAGGGCCUGUUCUGUUCUUCCACAGCUGAGUUUAAAGCCAUAGGGUUCCAGAGUACAUCUGUCAUACCUCCAGAAAGUCCCCAGGUUCAGUCUUGACACCCUUGGGGAGAUGAGGAGAACACGAGAGCUGUUGCCAGUGUUGGGCUAAGCCAUGGUUUGUUUGAACCAUGGUGUAUUGAACAAGCCACAAUUAGCUGGUUCCCACAACAUACUGUGCAGAUGCAGAGGUCACACUAAGCCAUAAUUGGUGAGGGAGGCAGCUGGUUUUCUUAUUUGGAUGUCCUAUGCUGUUGAAUUCUGCCAAUCACUGUUGAUGGUCUCGGGCUGGAUGGAGUAGUGGCUUGACUCUUAACAGGGCUCGGAAUGUUGGGAGUUGUCUCAGCCUGUAGAGGACCUUUCAGAGGUUGGAGGAUGUUGGAUGACGUGCUGACCAUAUUCACAACCGGCUGCACCAGGAACCACUUUGCCAGUCGUAACUCCACUUGUCUGGUCUGAACAUCAAGAGGAGUCCUGCUGGAGGUCCCCCCCCCCCCCGCUCCUCCAGGGAGUGGGCCAGACAACAGGUCCUUUUCAGUGGUAGCUCUAUGCUUUAAAAUACUUUCCUUCUGGAGAUCUGUAUGGCCUGACCCUGUGUUUCCCAAAUCUCUGAAGACCGCCUUGUUCAAGUGGGCCUUUGAUCUUGGGUGAUUAGGGAUGACCAGCUUUGUUUUGUUUUGUUGAGCUACCAUUUUUAUGCAUUUUGCUGCUUUGUGGUAUGCUGGCCAAAGUCGGCGUGAUUCAGGCAGUUCACAAAUAUUGUAAAUAAAUUAACCCACCCGUUUAAGGGAAUCCUAUCCAUUAAAUCAAGGUUUGACUUAAAAUGACGGCACUUAUGUAUGAAUUACAUAGUGAUUCAGAUGCCGUAAAUUGAUGCAAUAGAUGCAAAUUCUUAUUUAACAGACAGCUGCUCCUCCGAACAAUGCGUUCCGAUUUUACUGAGAUUUGGUUGCUGAACGAACCCACAAUACACUGAACUGUAAGCCAACCAGACAGAUUAGAUUUGCACUCUAGACUCAGACACAAAGCGUCCAACCCAUUUAAGACUAGCCAGUAAUGCAAGUUUAGAUAUCAAGUCUUCCAGCUGACCUGGUUCAUUCUGUUGUGCAAAUGCAGCCAUAGUCUAGAGCUCCCUUUCUUGCCUCUGAACAUUUAGCUUCAUCGGAAGACCAGGCUUGACAUCACACAAGACUAAAACGAGGGUCGGUUUGUCUGGGCCUCAGUGUAUGGCAUAAGCUCAGCCAGUGGACAGUUUACCCCUAUGUACACCCCUAUGUGAACUCAGGCAAUUAGAUUAAUUGGAACCGUGUUCCUCAAGCAUUCUGGCUGGGGAAUUCUGGGAGUUGAAGUCUAUACAUCUUUAAAUUAUUGAGGGAAUAAUUGGGAAUCACUGACCUGGAUAUAUAAGCAGAGUGAAAUGAGACUAACCUUGACUUACGAUUUAAAAAAAUAUAUAUAUAUACACAAUUGUCAUAUUGCCAUAAAGAGGAAAGCAUGGUUUAUUAUAAAGCCGCUUAUGGGAAUUCCAUGGCUGAAAAGGAGGAACUGAAAACAAGGGAGAGAAGGCAGCAGGGUGUUUGGAAGAAUACACUGAAUACAGAUUAACCAGGCUGGUUCUAGAGACAAGCAGGAGGCCCCCAGAAUGCAGGGAGUCAACACUUUCAUGAGGACUAGCACUUCUGCAAGCAAAUCUCAAGAAGGUUGAGAACCGAGUCCUGAGAACACAGAGAGGCAACAAUUUGUGUUUCCUGACCUCUUGGACUCACGUCAGUGGUGGAAAAAGUGCAGAGGUUGGCGGGGACGAAAAGCUGCACUCACCCUCUGCCUUAACUCUGCCUACUCUUUCCCCUUCCCAUCCAUGCCAGCUCAGGACACUGUUAUACAUAUUUAAUCUCGCAAUUUUCUUGGGGCAGAACUCGGGCGUAAGACUAAAGAUCCUCCCAGUUCGGUGCUUUUCAAACUUGGCAACUUUAAGACGUGUGGACUUCAACUCCCAGAGUUCAACUCUGGGAGUUGAAGUCCACCCAUCUUCAAGGUGCCAAGUUUGAAAAGCACUGUUCUAGUUGAACAUUCUAUCCCCUACAGGAGCCAAUCAGAUUCUUCCAAUUCGAGGGCUACAAGCAGGGCAGGAAGAUGCCCCCCCACCCCCCACCCCCAGCAUGUGGCCAUGUUAUCACCUAUCACAGUGGACAGCCACAAAUGGUUGCUCAAACACCAUUGACAUUUCUUUUGUAAAUUCUACAAUGAGGGUGUUGUACAAACAGUAACAACAGUAAUAAAGGGGUGUGUGUGCCUACAUCGUUUAAACUGGUUUCCUCUGGUUCAGGCAUGCGCACCAGGGUUGUGUAUAUCCUGCGAUUGUGACUUCUCUCCCUCCUCCAUCAUUGGUGGUGGCUCGGUUUGCUGACCUGCCUGAUCCAACAGUUCUGCAGACCUCAAGAACUUUGCACGUUGUUUUGUGACUUGACCUAAUAAAGGUAAUGCCCAAAU